AUGGCAACCGGCGGAACAUCGUCACCAACUUCUGCUGGUCUUGGUGGACCCUCAGUGAUGGAUCUAUCGAAAGAAAAAACGAAUGGCACAAGGUUGGGAAGACUGAUUAUUGACGAAGGAACAAAAGUUUUAAUGAAAUUCUUGCAUUCCAUGCAUCCAGAGUCAACCUUACAGAACGCAUUGAACAACAAUCGCCCAAAGCUCGAAGAGCUGAAACGAAAGCGAGUAAUAUUUGAUGAGCAAUGGGAUAAAUUGUUUCCUUCCUCAGGUAAACCGUCAGACUCGAAAGACUUUGAUAUCACGCUUCUACACUUACUGCUUCGUGAAAUUUGUCAUCUAUCGGCUCCUUCGACUGGAUGGCACAAAAUGCCUGCCGACUCUGAUGCCAGCCCUGAAGCCAGCAUCGUGCGUAUCAAAUGCUAUAGAAAUGAGCUUUGCCACAGUGUUUCUACUGGAGUUCCGAAUGACGAAUUCGAAGACAAGUGGUACAAAAUAUGUUCGUCUUUAGAAGUACUCGAGGUUGCCGUCUAUCGGAAGAAACUUCAGUUCUUGAAGAGUGUUACCAUCGAUCACGAAGCUCAUUUGGUUGAAGAGGAACUCGAACAGUGGAGGAGGGAGAAAGAACUUGAGAAGAUUGGAAAAGUCUCUGAACUCUCCAGUUGUCUUCCUGAUGACUUGUUAGAAGAACAUAUCAUCGGCCGUGGUGAUCAAAUACAAGACAUCAAAGGAAAAGUUCAAAGUGGAACGGCUCCUAUAAUUCUGAUCACUGGUGGACCAGGAUUCGGAAAGACGACCGUAGCAAAGCGAGUGGCCUGUGAAUUAGCCAAACCCGAGAAUGAAAGAACUGUGUUGUUUUGUAGCUUAUCAUCAAAGACUACUUUCAACGAAACGACUAUGGAAAUGAUCAACUCAUGUCGUAAAGUGGUCAACACGCAGGUACCAGAGAAUCCGGGGCAGUGGCUCAAAGACUGGAGCAAACAAAUACAAGAGCAGGUCACUUUUGUUCUUGACAAUGCAGAUGGUGUCAUCGAGUCUGAAGAUCGAGAAUUGUUCCUCAAUUUAUUACGUGAUGUAAGAAUAUUUUCGCGACAAAAUGUCACAUUUGUGAUAACUACAAGAAGAACAUUUCAAAAUACCGACCUGAAACCAAAAGAAGUCAGGCUACGCGAGCUGUCAAACGAACAGGCCAGAAGUCUUCUAGUUGCUCAAGUUCACCUCCACGAACAAGCUUUCCAGCAGCAACUCUCUAAAGCAGAGCGCAUUGUAGAACUUUGUGGCUGUGUUCCUCUGGCCCUGUGCAUUGUUGGAUCUCUGCUUUCAGAUUACACCGAAGAAACCCUGAUUAAAAAACUGGAGAAAGAACCACUUGCUGUACUAGAAGACGAUGAAGGAUCUGUAGAAAAGGCUAUCAAGACCUCUUUUGAUCUAUUGACUGAAGCUGGAAAAGAAGCCCUCGUUCUAAUGUCAACUUUCCAGGGGUCUUUUGACUCAAGUGCUGCCGAGGCUGUAAUGAAAGCGUGCUCCGUUCCUGGAAUUCUGUCCAUCAAGAUUAUUCGCUCCUUGAAAAAGAGUUCGCUUAUCGAGCAACCAAGUUCCCAGAGGUAUCAAAUGCAUCCACUCAUUCACUUGUAUGCAAGGAAGAUUGGUCGAGCCAAGUAUGCCGAUCUUUUAGCUAAAGGAGAAAAACUGGCCUGUAUUUAUUACAUGGCUUGCCUUGCGAACAACGCUGAAUUGUACUGGAAAAGAGACAGUUGCAAGGAAUCCCUUUUUUCAUUUAACAAGGACAGAAACAAUUUCGAACAUUUUCUUCGUAUUUAUGCCCAAGGAAGGGAGAAAAAGGAUGCAGAAAUUAUGGAACGAACUCAAACUCUUUUGGAAAGUCUUCCGCAGAAGUGCAUGUAUUUGGAAAAGUGUCUUCAUCCAAAGAAUUAUGCUCAGUUUCUUGAACAGUUAAUGGACACAUUUGACUCAACUGUUAAGCCAAUACAUGUUGUAGAACUUUCGUGUCUUCUUGGAAAUGAAUAUAGGAAGAAAGACCAAAAGAAGUACAGCGAACUUAUGCAGAGAGCGAAAGAAAUUUAUCUCCUGAAUGCUGCAAAGUUUAAAGAAAAUCCGUUAUCAGAAGUUUACUUUCACAACAACUAUGCACGCUUCCUUUCCGAUAAAAAAGAUCCUAAAGAAAACCAAAGAAUUGAUCACGAGACUCAAUUAGCUCUAGAAGUCAGUACAAGUUUGGGUGAACUUCAUCCGGAAAGAGCAGCAACUCUUCUUUUUUCGGGAAUCAAUGCCAAGCGCCGCAAGGAGCGUGAUACAGCUAAAGAACAGCUAAGAAAGGCGUUAGAAGUCUUUCAACAGAGCCUUGGUGAACAUUUUAUGACAGCCGAAGCCCUGAAAGCCAUUGCGGACUCUCGGUUUUUUUUCCUUGGUGGAGAAACAAAAGAGGACGACGACUUAAAAUCUUGCCUCGAGUAUUAUAACGCAGCCAUAGAAAUGUUCGACGAUCUUGUCGAGGGUGGAAGCAAAGAAAGCAUCCUGACUUUAAAGAAUUGCGCAGCUUGUCACCAGAGAAAAGGAAACUUUGAUAAGGCAAUGGCUUUAUUCAGAAAGGCAGAACAAGUUGCCGAGAGAGAAUUAGAAGAGAAUCACGAAUGGAAGGUCGGAAUCAAGACUUUAUGGGCCAUCUUACAUGACGAGAUAGGAAACAAGGAUAAAGCGAAAGAAAUGAUGCGUGAAGGACUGUCGAUGGCCAAAAAACUAGACUUGCCAAUAGAAAAGAUGGGAAACAAAUACCAAAUACGAUCGUUUAUCAACCGUUAUCCAGAGGAUUUCCCUGAGACGGAAUUCCCAAGUAAGUACUGUAUCCAAGUUAGCAGUUAAUAGAAGGCCCCCCUCUAACUCAAACCUAGCCCAGGCCUACUCAAACCAAAACUGAUUUGCCGAAGAACUCCGCUAAAUAGUUAUUAUUAUUUUAUCCUCGAUAUCUCAAGCCUCUCAAUAACUCGAACCAGUUUUUGUUUUCCUUGCGGAUAUUUUAAAAUAACCUUGCCCUCGGUAACUCGAAACAACAACAAAAAAAAAAGAGCUUUACCGCUAUGUAGCGCGUUGAACUGAUUUGAAGCAGGCGUUUCCUCCUGCGUUGUAGUAAUUCCUGAUAUCUAUCGCGGUGUCUUCAACUUUCAGGAGGAGAAAAGAAGAAAGGAAAAAGAAGAUGAGAGGGAAAAAGGACAACAGCAGUUAA